AUGAAAGGAUCAAAUGCUCUGUUCCUUGCCAGUAUCGUUCACACCUGCACACUGGCAUUCGAUGUGGCAACGGAAGCGAUUUUUGACCCUGAUGAUGGAGAGGCGUGGGAGUUGAACUAUGGUUACUAUCCAUAUCGGUCUUACCAAACCACCGAUCUCAUCUCACCAGAGUUCAGACAUAUGGUCGAUUCACCCGAGUGCCACGACGAUCGAUAUACAUUCUUUACACCUCGAGGGUUCUCCAUUUCAGCACCAGGACCUAUGAUUGUGGACAGUCACGGCGAACUAAUCUGGGCAAAGAGUACGGAAGGGCAAGCGUACGACUUCAAGGUGCAGGAGUACAAAGGCGAACAGUUUUUGACGUAUUGGCAAGGUGACGACAAGGUUCGAGGCCAUGGCGCUGGAGACUUCUACAUGCUCAAUUCUGGUUACCAAGAAGUACACAAAAUCUCAGCUCUCAACGGUCUGGCAGCCGACCUCCAUGAACUCGUUAUCACGCCUCAGGGCACAGCGCUACUCACCGUCUAUGAUAUCUACCAGCGCGACUUGAGCGAGCUCCGCAACUUUGAAGAGUGGGAGGAAGACCCGCACUACAUCUGGGACAGUCUGUUCCAGGAGAUCGACAUCGAGACUAACGAGUUGCUAUUCCAAUGGCGUGCGUCGGAUCACUACUCUAUCGGUGAGACUUUCAAGGCAAUAGGAGGUGCAGGCAUACGGAAUGAGCCUUUUGACUGGUAUCACAUCAACUCUGUGCAGAAAGAUGAAUUUGACAACUAUCUGGUCUCUGCCCGCUACACUCACACCAUAACCUAUAUCAACGGCACUUCUGGCGACAUCAUUUGGAUCUUAGGAGGCAAGCGCAACAUGUUCAAGGACCUUGACAACGGCUUUGCCACAAACUUUGCCUGGCAGCACGACGCUCGUUUCCAUGCAAAGACAGAGUUUCCUGAACUCUUCCACGAGGAUAUCGCACUCCACGGGAGCAGUAAAGAGGUUGAUGGUCUUACGAAACAGCUUAUCACACUCUUUGACAACAGCGCAGAAGAUGUUGAGCACACUCUUGACUCGUCUCGUGGACUUCUCCUCGAAGUGACAUAUCCUUCUGCACAUCUGCCAUCAUUCCAGCCUGAUCUUGCUAAACGCGAUGCUGCUCAAGACCAGGACGAUAGGUACUCGGCAAAGGUCGUCAGAUCGUACGACCAUCCUCAGGGUCCUUUAUCGACCAGUCAAGGGUCGUUACAGGUGAUACCGUCCGCUGAUGAUAAGAAAGACUCCAAAGUGUUCGUCGGCUAUGGAUACAACGCCCUUUUCUCUGAGUACAGUGCGGAUGGCAACCUGCUGUGUGACAACCACUUCGCAACCAACUACUCAUGGGGAAGCGGUCAAGUUCAAUCUUAUCGCUCUUUCAAGUUCCCCUGGACUGGUCGCCCUGUUGAUCCGCCCACCGCAGUUUUGUCCGCAAAUGGUCAAGUCUACGUGAGCUGGAAUGGAGCCACUGAGGUCGGAGGUUACGUUCUCCAGCAUACCCGCAAAUUCCCUGCCCCAGAGAAUGCUUGGAAGAAUGUCCUUCAUAUCGACAAAACCGGCUUCGAGAGUGUCAUUGAUAUCGAGGACGCUGAGCUGCUACGAUACAUUCGCAUCAAGGCGGUCGACAAGAACGGUGUGAUGCUAGGCGUGUCAAGGGAAAUUGAUAUGGGCUGGAGUGCUGUUCUGACUAGCUCUGUGCCACAACUGAACACUGCUGACAUCGGACCCAUCAAGCUGGUCAUGUUGAUCUGCAUCAACGUCGCUAUUGUAUUUGUUAUGUACGAGCUCUGCAGACGUCUCUGGACAUGGCGCCAGACUCGCAAAUGGCGGCAAAGAAGGGGCAUUCGUCUGCUCUCUGAUGCAUAG